UACAUACAUAUGUACAUAAUAAAUAAGUGUUAAUAAUUUCUCUACGCAAGGCGUUAUAUAUAGUAUAAACGUUACGCAUAAUAUAUGUAUAUAUAAACAUAAAUAAUAAUAAAAAAAAAAUACAAAUAUUACCGUUAUUUGCUGGCUCACAUCACAUCACAGCACACAGUACCAUACCAACCAACAAAUACAGUUCAAUUUUGUACAGCACAAUAGACGCUUAUUGAAGGAUUUCCUGUGACGAGUGAUUGCAAUCACAAGUGAUUUGUUUUUGCUAAAAUCAGCGAUUUGUACUAGCGGAGGGUGCUUCUUGGAAAUGGCGCCUCGGAUAUAGCUGUAGUCUAAAGCUAAACCGCGAGAUCCAUGUGCCUCAUGCCUUGGAAAUCUGAGGCUCUUAUCGCUGGCCGUUUAGACAAUGACAGAAGAUUCCGACUCGAUAUCUGAGGAAGAACGUAGCUUGUUCCGUCCCUUUACCCGCGAAUCAUUGAUUCAAAUUGAAAAACGCAUUGCUAUUGAAUAUGAAAAACAAAAGGAGUUUGAAAGAAAAAGAGCUGAGGGCGAGGUGAUCCGAUAUGAUGACGAGGACGAGGAUGAAGGUCCACAACCGGAUCCUACACUUGAACAGGGCGUGCCGAUACCUGUUCGAUUGCAGGGCAGCUUCCCGCCGGAACUGGCCUCUACUCCUCUCGAGGAUAUUGACCCUUUCUAUAACAAUAUACUGACAUUUGUAGUUGUAAGUAAGGGAAAAGACAUUUUUCGCUUUUCUGCAUCCAAAGCAAUGUGGUUGCUCGAUCCGUUCAAUCCCAUACGUCGCGUAGCCAUUUAUAUUUUAGUACAUCCGUUAUUUUCGUUGUUUAUCAUUACAACUAUUCUGGUUAACUGUAUUCUGAUGAUCAUGCCCACGACACCGACAGUUGAGUCCACUGAGGUGAUAUUCACCGGAAUCUACACAUUUGAAUCAGCUGUUAAAGUGAUGGCACGAGGUUUCAUUUUAUGCCCGUUUACGUAUCUUAGAGAUGCAUGGAAUUGGCUGGACUUCGUAGUAAUAGCUUUAGCUUAUGUGACCAUGGGUAUUGAUUUAGGUAACCUCGCAGCAUUGAGAACGUUCAGGGUAUUGCGAGCGCUUAAAACCGUAGCCAUCGUGCCAGGCUUGAAGACUAUCGUUGGUGCUGUCAUCGAAUCGGUGAAAAAUCUGCGUGAUGUGAUAAUUUUAACAAUGUUCUCACUAUCAGUAUUCGCACUGAUGGGUCUACAAAUAUACAUGGGUGUUCUAACACAGAAGUGCAUUAAAAAGUUUCCCUUAGAUGGUUCAUGGGGAAAUCUGACUGAUGAAAACUGGGACUACCACAAUCGUAACAGUUCGAAUUGGUAUUCAGAGGAUGAUGGUUAUUCCUUUCCACUUUGUGGGAACAUAUCGGGCGCUGGACAAUGCAGUGAUGAGUACGUUUGCCUGCAGGGCUUUGGCCCCAAUCCAAAUUAUGGAUACACCAGUUUUGAUUCAUUCGGUUGGGCUUUCCUCUCGGCGUUCCGUCUAAUGACACAGGACUUUUGGGAAGAUUUGUACCAGCUCGUUCUUAGAGCGGCUGGUCCCUGGCACAUGCUGUUCUUUAUAGUCAUCAUCUUCCUAGGUUCAUUCUAUCUUGUGAAUUUGAUUUUGGCCAUUGUUGCCAUGUCUUAUGACGAAUUACAAAAGAAGGCCGAAGAAGAAGAGGCUGCCGAAGAGGAGGCGAUACGUGAAGCGGAGGAGGCGGCGGCGGCGAAAGCUGCCAAAUUGGAGGAGCGUGCGAAUGCGGCAGCACAGGCGGCAGCAGAUGCAGCUGAAGCGGCCGAGGCAGCGCUACAUCCGGAAUUGGCGAAGAGUCCAACGUAUUCGUGCAUUAGCUAUGAGCUAUUUGUCGGCGCCGAGAAGGGAAAUGAUGACAACAAUAAGGAGAAAAUGUCGAUACGCAGCGUUGAAGUUGUAUCGGAGUCGGUGAGCGUUAUUCAAAGACAACCAGCACCUACCACAGCACCUGCUACUAAAGUCAGAAAAGUAAGCACGACAUCCUUAUCCUUACCUGGUUCACCGUUUAACAUACGCAGGGGAUCACGUAGUUCACACAAGUAUACAAUACGUAAUGGGCGUGGUCGUUUCGGUAUUCCGGGUAGUGAUCGAAAGCCGCUCGUACUGUCAACAUAUCAGGAUGCGCAACAGCAUUUACCGUAUGCCGAUGACUCCAAUGCAGUUACGCCCAUGUCUGAAGAGAAUGGCGCCAUAAUUGUACCGGUUUACUAUGGUAACUUAGGCUCCAGACAUUCAUCAUAUACCUCGCAUCAAUCACGUAUCUCGUAUACAUCACAUGGCGAUUUGCUCGGCGGCAUGGUGGCCAUGGGCGUUAGCACAAUGACCAAAGAGAGUAAAUUGAGAAGUCGUAAUACGCGCAAUCAAUCGGUGGGUGCAUCGAACGGCACUAACUAUGUCGAUACGAAUCAUAAAGACCAACAUCGGGACUAUGAAAUGGGCCUUGAAUGUACCGACGAAACCGGAAAAAUAAAACAAAACGACAAUCCUUUUAUUGAGCCCGUCCAAACACAAACAGUUGUCGACAUGAAAGAUGUUAUGGUUUUAAAUGACAUAAUUGAGCAAGCCGCUGGUCGGCAUAGUCGUGCUAGUGAUCGUGGUGUCUCCGUUUACUAUUUUCCCACAGAAGACGAUGACGAGGAUGGUCCCACAUUCAAGGACAAAGCGCUCGAGGCGAUACUUCGUGGCAUUGAUAUUUUCUGUGUAUGGGAUUGUUGUUGGGUGUGGCUGAAAUUUCAAGAAUGGGUCUCCUUAAUUGUCUUCGAUCCGUUCGUGGAGCUUUUCAUCACAUUAUGUAUUGUUGUAAACACCAUGUUCAUGGCAAUGGAUCAUCACGAUAUGAAUAAGGAAAUGGAGAAAAUAUUGAAAAGCGGCAAUUAUUUUUUUACUGCGACUUUCGCCAUUGAAGCCACUAUGAAACUAAUGGCCAUGAGUCCGAAAUACUACUUUCAAGAGGGUUGGAAUAUAUUUGAUUUUAUAAUUGUGGCACUCUCACUGCUGGAAUUGGGCUUGGAAGGUGUUCAAGGCCUUUCCGUUUUGAGAUCAUUCCGUUUGCUUCGAGUUUUUAAACUUGCCAAAUCGUGGCCAACGUUAAAUUUACUUAUUUCAAUUAUGGGCCGUACGAUGGGUGCAUUGGGUAACCUAACGUUUGUCCUUUGCAUUAUCAUCUUCAUCUUUGCCGUAAUGGGAAUGCAACUGUUCGGAAAGAAUUACACUGACAAUCAGGAUCGUUUCCCAGAUGGUGAUUUGCCACGCUGGAAUUUCACAGAUUUUAUGCAUUCAUUUAUGAUCGUUUUUCGUGUGCUAUGCGGUGAGUGGAUCGAGUCUAUGUGGGAUUGCAUGUAUGUGGGCGACGUUUCCUGCAUACCGUUCUUUUUGGCGACAGUCGUGAUUGGAAACUUGGUCGUUCUUAAUCUUUUCUUAGCCUUGCUUUUGUCCAAUUUCGGUUCCUCAAGCUUAUCAGCGCCCACAGCCGAUAAUGACACCAACAAAAUAGUUGAGGCAUUUAAUCGAAUAUCGCGUUUUAAAGCCUGGAUAAAGCGUAAUUUUGCCAAUUGUUUCAAUUAUAUACGUAACAAGUUGACAAAUCAAAUUAGUGAUCAACCAUCAGGUGAGAGGACCAACCAGAUCAGUUGGAUUUGGAGCGAAGAGCACGGUGACAAUGAGCUGGAGCUAUGCCAAGAUGAAAUUAUUGCCGAUGGCCUGAUCAAGAAGGGUAUUAAGGAGCAAAAUCAGUUGGAAGUAGCAAUUGGUGAUGGCAUGGAAUUUACAAUACAUGGCGAUAUGAAAAACAACAAGCCGAAAAAAUCAAAAUAUCUGAAUAAUGCAACGAUGAUUGGCAACUCAAUUAACCACCAAGACAAUAGACUGGAACACGAGCUAAACCAUAGAGGUUUGUCCUUACAGGACGACGACACUGCCAGCAUUAACUCAUAUGGUAGCCAUAAAAAUCGACCAUUCAAAGAUGAAAGUCACAAAGGUAGUGCGGAAACAAUGGAGGGUGAGGAGAAACGUGAUGUUAGUAAAGAAGAUCUCGGUCUUGAUGAAGAACUUGAUGAGGAUGGUGAAUGUGAUGAGGGUGCACUCGAUGGUGAUAUUAUAAUACAAGCAAAUGAAACCGAUAUAUUGGAUGAAUAUCCAGCUGACUGUUGUCCCGAUUCGUAUUAUAAGAAAUUUCCAAUAUUAGCUGGUGAUGAAGAUUCGCCAUUUUGGCAAGGCUGGGGCAAUCUACGACUGAAAACCUUUCAAUUAAUUGAAAAUAAAUACUUUGAAACAGCUGUUAUCACUAUGAUUUUAAUGAGUAGCUUAGCUUUGGCUUUAGAAGACGUCCACCUUCCGCAGCGACCCAUACUGCAAGAUAUCCUUUAUUAUAUGGACAGAAUUUUUACGGUUAUAUUUUUCUUAGAAAUGUUAAUCAAAUGGUUAGCUCUUGGCUUCAAGGUUUACUUCACGAAUGCAUGGUGUUGGCUUGAUUUCGUCAUUGUAAUGGUGUCGCUUAUCAACUUCGUUGCUUCACUUGCUGGAGCUGGUGGUAUUCAAGCCUUCAAGACUAUGCGAACGUUAAGAGCACUGAGACCACUACGUGCCAUGUCCCGAAUGCAGGGCAUGAGGGUCGUCGUGAAUGCAUUGGUUCAAGCUAUACCGUCCAUCUUUAAUGUGCUAUUGGUGUGUCUAAUAUUUUGGCUAAUUUUUGCCAUAAUGGGUGUACAGCUUUUUGCUGGAAAAUAUUUUAAGUGUGAAGAUCAAAACGGUACUAAACUCAGUCACGAAAUCAUACCAAACCGCAAUGCCUGCGAGAGCGAAAACUACACUUGGGUAAAUUCAGCUAUGAAUUUUGAUCAUGUAGGUAAUGCGUAUCUGUGCCUUUUCCAAGUGGCCACGUUUAAAGGCUGGAUACCGAUCAUGAACGAUGCAAUUGAUUCACGUGAGGUGGGCAAGCAACCAAUCCGUGAAACGAAUAUCUACAUGUAUUUAUAUUUCGUAUUCUUCAUUAUAUUUGGAUCAUUUUUCACACUCAAUCUGUUCAUUGGUGUUAUCAUUGAUAAUUUUAACGAGCAAAAGAAAAAAGCAGGUGGAUCAUUAGAAAUGUUCAUGACAGAAGAUCAGAAAAAGUACUAUAAUGCUAUGAAAAAGAUGGGCUCUAAAAAACCAUUAAAAGCCAUUCCUAGACCGAGGUGGCGUCCACAAGCAAUAGUAUUUGAAAUAGUUACAGAUAAAAAAUUCGAUAUAAUAAUUAUGUUAUUUAUUGGCCUGAAUAUGUUUACCAUGACACUCGAUCGUUACGAUGCGUCCGAAACAUAUAACGCUGUCUUAGACUAUCUAAAUGCGAUAUUCGUAGUUAUUUUCAGUUCCGAAUGUCUAUUAAAAAUAUUCGCUUUACGGUAUCACUAUUUUAUAGAGCCAUGGAAUUUAUUUGAUGUAGUAGUUGUCAUUUUAUCCAUCUUAGGUCUUGUACUUAGCGAUAUUAUUGAAAAGUACUUCGUCUCACCGACGCUACUGCGUGUCGUGCGCGUCGCCAAGGUCGGUCGUGUAUUGCGUCUGGUCAAAGGUGCUAAAGGUAUACGGACGCUAUUGUUCGCGUUAGCUAUGUCGCUGCCAGCUCUAUUCAACAUUUGCCUGCUACUCUUUCUCGUCAUGUUCAUCUUUGCCAUAUUUGGGAUGUCAUUUUUUAUGCAUGUACAGGAAAAAAGUGGCAUCAAUGACGUUUAUAAUUUUAAAACAUUUGGCCAAAGUAUGAUAUUGCUGUUCCAGAUGUCUACCUCAGCCGGUUGGGAUGGCGUUUUAGAUGCUAUUAUCAAUGAGGAAAAUUGCGAUCCACCCGACAACGACAAGGGCUAUCCGGGCAAUUGUGGUUCAGCAACAGUUGGAAUAACGUUUCUUCUCUCAUACUUAGUUAUAAGCUUUUUGAUAGUUAUUAAUAUGUAUAUUGCUGUCAUUCUCGAAAACUAUAGUCAGGCCACCGAGGACGUGCAGGAAGGUCUCACCGAUGAUGAUUAUGAUAUGUAUUAUGAGAUAUGGCAACAAUUCGAUCCCGAAGGUACACAAUAUAUCCGUUACGAUCAGUUAUCCGAAUUUCUUGACGUACUCGAACCGCCACUACAAAUACACAAACCGAAUAAGUACAAAAUCAUAUCUAUGGAUAUACCAAUAUGUCGUGGCGAUAUGAUGUAUUGUGUUGAUAUAUUGGAUGCUCUAACUAAAGACUUCUUCGCACGUAAAGGUAAUCCCAUUGAGGAUACCGGUGAAAUUGGCGAAAUUGCACCUAGAGCAGAUGCAGAAGGUCACGAACCCGUUUCGUCGACAUUAUGGCGUCAACGUGAAGAAUAUUGUACGCGACUAAUACAAAAUGCUUGGCGUAAAUACAAAGCACGCACAACGGGUGGUGGUACUGUGGAUGGUGAUAUUGAACGUAAAAAUUCCACAGCCGAUGAUAAUAAUGAUAAUGCUGACGGAUCGAAUGCCAAUGGUGGUGGCGCUGGUAUAGGCGAUGGUGAUGGUGAUGGCAAUGCCAAUGGCGAUGGCGAUGGUCAUGGUCAUGGCGAUGGCGAUGUCGAUGGUGAUGUUGAACGUGAUGGUAAUUUAAGUAACGUAAAUAGUCCGGAUGGUGGCGCUAGUGGGAAUCAACAAAUUAGUCCAAGUGGCGCUGCGGGUAGCGGCGGUUCGAAUGGCACAAAUGGACGCCAAACAGCUGUGCUGGUCGAAAGUGAUGGUUUUGUAACAAAGAAUGGACAUAAGGUUGUAAUACACUCGCGUUCGCCGAGUAUAACAUCGCGUUCGGCAGAUGUCUGAGCCAGGCCUCGCCCCUCCCUCCAGGAUGCACCUUAAUCGAACUUGAAUUGAAUCAUCUUUCAAACAUAAUUUUCUGACACAUUCAAUAAACAACAACAACAACAACAACAACAACAACAACAAAAC